AUGGAAUUGCCGGAAGAAUGCAUCUCUGACAUACUGUGUCGCACUACUCCAUUGGAUGUCGCUAGGAUCUCUGUCGUUUCUAAGAUCUUCUGCUCUGCCGCUGAUUCUGACACUAUUUGGGAUCAUUUUCUCCCUUCUGAUUAUCGUUCCAUCAUUUCCCAAUCGCUUUCCGUGGCCAACGCUCCUUCAAAGAAAGCCAUCUAUCUCGCUCUCUCUGAUCGCCCUAUCAUCAUCGACGAGGGGAAAAGGAGCUUUCAAUUAGACAGAAAGAGUGGGAAGAAAUGUUACAUGCUUUCUGCCAGAGCUCUCAACAUUUCUAACGGUGAAGAUGAACGUUACUGCCGCUGGGUUACCCUCCCAGAAUCUAGGUUCGAAGAAGUUCCCAUGCUUAAAGAUCCAUUAUGGUUUGCUAUUUCUGGGAAGAUAAAUACUGUUGAUUUGUCCUCAAGCACUCAAUAUGCAGUUUUUCUUGUUUAUAAGUUGGUCACUACUCAUGGCUCAUACUAUGAACCUGUGUUGUUAUUGAUGCGCAUUUUAGGAGGUCGUGUCCGUACUAAGAAGGCUUGUUUGGCCAUGAGGUUAAAAGAGAAUUCUAUGAACAGUGUACCAGAAUGUCCAAAUAUGAGAAGUGAUGGUUUGUUGGAGAUUGAGAUGGGAGAAUUCUUCAACUUAGGUCUAGAAGAUGGUGAAGUGGAGAUGAAUGUUAUGAUAACACAGAUGUUUUCAUGGAAUGGCAGUUUCUAUCUUGAAGGAAUAGAAGUUAGGCCUAAGAUAUCUCGUCCCAUAAGAAAUGGUAGACAGGCCUAG